UCGUGUACCCCAACCACCCUUGUUUUAAGCUGUUUCUUCUUCCUCCCCUUGCAUUGUUUAUAUAUGAUGAAUAGGAGGAUACUUCUCUUAGAUUUUUUCCUUUUUUAAAUUUACCCUCAUAGAUUUAGAUAUACUCGGGACAGAUCAAGAUGGGUCGUGUUAAGCUGGAGAUUAAGAGAAUAGAAAACAACACCAAUCGGCAAGUUACAUUCUCAAAGCGCAGAAAUGGACUCAUUAAAAAAGCCUAUGAGCUUUCCAUCCUUUGUGACAUUGACAUUGCUCUUAUCAUGUUCUCUCCUUCUGGUCGUCUUAGCCACUUUUCCGGCAAAAGAAGGAUUGAAGAUGUGUUUACUCGUUACAUCAAUCUCCCAGACCAAGAAAGAGAGCAUGCUAUAAUUUUCCCUGAUCACAACAAACAUCCUGAUCUACAAAACAAAGAGGUCAGAUAUAUGGCAUGUAGCAAUUACUUGCUCAGGAUCCUUCAACAACUUCGUAGUGAUAAUGAUUUUGCUCUUCAACUAGCCAAUCCUACUGCAGUUAGCUCUGAAAUUGAGGAACUUCAACAGGAAAUUGGUGGGCUACAACAACAGGUUCGAAUGGCGGAAGAUCAAAUAAGGAUAUAUGAGCCUGACCCACUAAAAAUCACAUCUAUGGCAGAGCUUGAAUCAUCUGAGAAAAGUCUUGUGGACACCUUGUCGCGUGUUACGCAGAGAAAGGAAUAUUUGUUGAGUAACCAGCUAUCCUCUUUUGAUUCAUCUGGAAUACAGCAAAUGUUGCCAGGUUCUUUUGAGAAUGAGGUGGCAGGUUGGCUGGCUAACGGUGGUCACAACCACACCCAAAUAUACGAUGCUUCUGCUCCUUUGGAUCACCAACUUAGGAACUUGUCGUCGUCACUGUAUGAUCCUUUUUCACAAGGAACGAGUUCAAAUGGUGGAGCAGAUCCGAGUAGCAUGGGAGAGUGUCAUGUGAGUGUUACAAACGGCAGUGAUGGAGAGCUUCCUCCUUGGCCUCAGCCAUACACAUCUUCCGGACACCAUUCCACCCUUAUGCAACCAUCAUUGAUGCCUCAAUAUCAGCAGGCAAUGGUAAGCUCAAACAUGCCAGAAAUAAUACCACACGAGCAGGUGGAGAUUCCAGUUAGCAGCUCCAACGUACAAGCUUACAAUGAAGGUGCAGACAAUUAUCAUGAUCAAAACAAUAAAGUUCCUCAGCUUAAUGGACAUUAAUAUAUAUUCGACACAAUAUAUACUAAUUCAAGUGCUGAUGAGAUUCAGUUGAUCAUUAUUCAUCGAUGCUCGAUCCCCAUAUUUUAAUUAAUUAGCUGCUGUUAUAAUUUGUAGCAGUACUGUAACUAGGAGAAUUAAUUUAUCAGCUUUGCUAGCUCGCAUUGCAAAGCUGCCGGUGAAAUCUUGUAAAAAAAAAAAAAA